CAUACCUCACCAACACCCACGGACAUGAAACGUUCCGCCGUCAAGGAGUUAAUCGAACGCUAUUUCUAUCAGCUGCAGCGGGGUUGUGGUAAUCCCAAAUGUUCCAAUGUCAAUUGUGCCUCCAGUGGUAAAGUGGCUCCCAUGUCACCCAAUGAAAUUGCGGCCAAGGCAAUUUCUCUUUUCUCCCAGGAUGCACCAUUGUGUGAUAACUAUGCCCAGCAACAACCCAAAGUGCCCCGUACAGGUCCCCAGCAUGACUCACCCUCCAGCUCGCGAUCAGCCACCAUGGAUAUGGAAUGUUCCGGCCCAGAUGCUGCUGCCAGUACAAGUGGUGGCGGCGGCAGCAGUUGUAGUUCAAAUAGUACCAUAACUUCAGGUUCAUCAUCAUCCUCCACUUCCUCCUCAACGUCCUCAUCCUCUGCCAGUUCGACGGGUAGUAGUAAUACCAAUAUAUCAAGCUGUGCCACCGAAGAGUUGCCACUUCUCGAAGCCUUGGGUGAGGUGGAAACACCCAAUACAUCGGGUAAUGGAAAGACGGAAAAAUCCACGACAAGUCCUCCCACCACACCCACUCUCGAAAAUGUGGAAUAUCUAAAUGAACAACUAAUCGACGAGCUAAUAGAGGAGUGUACAAAAUUCAAUUCCCAUGAUCGGCUAAUACAUGCCAUUAAUCAGGUCUAUUGUUCGGUUAAGAAACUAAGUAAAAGCUUUAAACGUCCGCCGCUGGUGAAAUUGGCUUCAAACACCGCCAAUGCCUCGAAAUUGCAAGAAAUUCUGGGCAAAUCACCCCAAGAACUGAAAAAGGAAGAUUUGCGAACUCUCGAAGGGGAGCAUGACAAAGAUGAGGAUAGCACCUGUAUCGAUGCGGAGGACGAUGAUGACACUGGACCAGCAACAACAAUCGAUAGUGAUGCCAUCAAUGAUAUUAGACCCGCAUCAAAUUCCUCUAAUUCCAUGGAUAUGGAACAAACAUCAGCUAAUAAUGAUGGAGGUGGUGAUGCUGAUGCUGCAGGUGUGGGUGUUAGUGGUGUAGUGUCUGCUUCUGAGGGCAUCGAACCCAUGGAUGAAGAUGAUGUCUCCGUGGAUCUGGAUGACAUUGUUGUGCUUACGCAAAGUUGUGAUACUCAGGUGGAUUUGGAAAGUUUACGUCGCGUCAAAAAGAAACUUUAUGGACUGAAUAAUAAUGCCGUGAACGAAGCAUUAAAUAAUAAUAUUAUACUGCUGGCGGAGAGUAUAAAAUAUGGACGUUUCUAUGAUUGGGAGAAGAUAUUGCAUUGUUUUGUUAUAUGCUUUGAUAUGGCAACGACAAGCUCAAAUCGUUAUGCCGACUUGGAAUAUUUAGAAAGAAGUAUGCCCAAACUAUGUCAGGCUGCACAGACCAUGCCCAUUAAGGCACAGGCACGUUUAGCACGCAUUUGGUCCGUACACUGUAAGGAUCAGCUGCAGUCGUUUGUACAAUGCUGUCAGCAGCUAAUUACCCUGCAAGUCAUAAUGGAUGAGGAUACAGUAGAAGAGAAUAGUGAUGUUAUAGCGGUAACCAAAGUUUUAAAGAUAGCCUUUUAUGCCAGCCUCUUGGCUGGUGAAAUUGAUACGUACAGUAGAUCUGCUGCCUCUAUGGACGACGAUGCCACCAAGGAUGGCAGUGAAGAUCCUGAUGCUGCUUCCGGUUCAGCUGGCGGUAGUGGGGCAAAUAAUUACGAUGAUGGCAUGUUUGUUUAUUUCCCCUAUUAUUCAUUUUCCGAAGAUAAUUUGGAAAAGGAGCUGAGUAUAUCGUGCAUGGAUUGUCGGAUACCAUUGGUGCCAUUUGAAGAAUUCUAUAAUGAGCCGUUAAGUGAUGCCAUACAAAUGGAUCGGGAUUAUCUAUCGUAUAAGAAUUUGUCAUUAGAUCCAACGGGCAACCAUUUCUCCUUUAUGUUGUAUUCCUUCAUUUUAACCCCCGCCACCAAAGUCAUUGCCUUGUACUAUGACAGUCGCAUUCGUAUGUAUAGUGAGCGUAACUCCUCUCUGUAUUCACUGUUCAAUUAUUUGGGUGAUGGCAAUGAUGUGGGUCUACGCCCGGAUUUGAAAUUAAAAGUUCGACGUGAUAAUAUUGUUAAUGAUGCUUUAAUAGGGCUGGAACUGGUGGCCAUGAGUAAUCCUAAAGACUUGAAAAAACAAUUGGUGGUGGAAUUUGUGGGUGAGCAGGGCAUCGAUGAGGGUGGCGUGUCCAAAGAAUUCUUUCAAUUGAUUGUUGAGGAGAUUUUCAAUCCAGAUUUUGGCAUGUUUGUUCAUCAAGAGGAAACCAAUACCAUGUGGUUCAAUCCCUCACCCUUUGAAAAUGGCGCCCAAUUUGCCCUGAUCGGCAUAAUAAUCGGCUUGGCCAUAUACAAUAACAUCAUUUUGGCUGUGAAUUUUCCCAUGGUCGUAUAUCGUAAACUAAUGGGUGGUCGUGGUUCAUUUUAUGAUCUUAAAGAUUGGAACCCCACCCUCUAUCGAAGUCUUAAAUCGAUGUUGGAUUAUCAAGAAUCCGAUAUGGAAGAGGUUUUCAUGCAAACUUUUAAAAUUAGCUAUAAAAAUGUAUUCGAUGAAGUGGUCGAACAUGAACUAAAGCCAGGUGGUGGUGAUAUAGCCGUGGGUCAACACAACAAAAAGGAAUUUGUUGAUUUGUAUAGUGAUUUUUUGCUCAACACCAGCAUAGAAAAACAAUUUAAGGCCUUCAAGAAAGGUUUCGAUAUGGUUACCGAUGAAUCGCCCCUGCAGUUGUUGUUUAGACCAGAAGAGAUUGAGUUGCUCGUGUGUGGUAGUAGGAAAUUCGAUUUUGUGGAAUUGGAAAAAUCCACCGAAUACGAAGGUGGCUAUACCAAAGAUACCCAAAUCAUCAAGGAUUUCUGGAGCAUUGUCCAUAGCCUACCUGAAGAAUCUAAACGUAAACUAUUGGAAUUUACCACGGGGUCAGAUCGUGUACCGGUUGGAGGUCUCAGUCGCCUUAAGUUGUUGAUAACAAGACAUGGUCCAGACAGUGAUCGCUUGCCCACAUCACAUACCUGUUUCAAUGUGCUCUUACUACCGGAAUAUAGCAGCAAAGAAAAGCUGGAAGAACGACUUUUAAAGGCCAUUAAUUAUUCCAAAGGUUUUGGCAUGUUGUAAAGAA